AUGGACGACAUGUUGGAGCUGCGGACGGACGGCAACUCGCUGCUGAAGGCGGUGUGGCUGAGGCGCCUGCGGCUCACCCGUCUCCUGCUCGAGGGAGGGGCCUACAUCAACGAGAGCAACGACCGCGGCGAGACCCCGCUCAUGGUGGCCUGCAUGUCCAAGCACUGUGACGCGCAGAGCGUCAGCAAGGCCAAGCUGGUCAAGUAUCUGCUGGACAACAAGGCCGACCCCAACAUCCAGGACAAGACGGGCAAGUCGGCGCUGAUGCACGCGUGCAGCCACCGGGCCGGCCACGAGGUGGUGUCGCUCCUGCUGACCAACGGGGCCGACCCGAGCCUGGAGGACCGCGGCGGAGCCUCGGCGCUGGUCUACGCCAUCAACGCGGACGACAAGGAGGCUCUCAAAGUGCUGUUGGACGCGUGCAAAGCCAAGGGGAAGGAGGUGAUCAUCAUCACCACAGACAAGUCUCCAUCUGGGACCAAAACCACCAAGCAAUACUUAAACGUGCCCCCUUCCCCAGAGCUGGACGAGAGGUCAUCGCCGACGGUAUGUGCCUCCCCGUCCGACAUCGAGCUGAACCCCUUGUCCUCGCCGAGCAAAGACGAGGAGCUCAACACGGUUUUCCCUUUCCAGUCCCAGUGGAAAUCCAGCGCCAAGCCCCCCAACGGCCCACCCUCCCCGCCCCGCAAGCCGGCCAACCCCAAACGCGCGCGCCUGCCGCAGCUGAAGCGCCUCCAGUCGGAGCCGUGGGGCCUGAUCGCCCCCUCCGUGCUGGCUGCCGCCCAGGAGGAGAGCAGGAGAGCCAGCUCCGACGAGGAGGUGGUGUCGGGCAUCAACGGGCUGGCGGUCUCCCGACGAGCCCCCUUGUCGCGGCACAACAGCGUGGACGGCAAGGAGAUCACGUUCCCUGCUGUUGGCGAGCAGCCGUCCAAGAUCUCCCCCACCUCCCCGGCCUCUCCUCUGUCCGCCUCCUCCAAGGUGUCCUAUGACCGAUCGCUGGCCCAGCACCAGCCCCUGGCCCGCCGCAGCACCAUCCCCAUCGAGCAGGAGAGGUCCGAGGGCAUCGGCCCGAGCGCCUCGGCCAGCCUCAGGGACACCGUGUACCGCAGGCGGCUGGGCAACGACCACUACGACUCGGACUCGCAGCUCUACGCCGACUCGGGGAUGCUGGCCGACUCGGCGGCGAAGGUGCCGCUGGAGCGGCGGAAGCUCAACACGUCGCCGCUGGCCAUGCUGACGAGCUCGCGCGAGUCGCUGGACAGCAACGCCAGCACGUCGUCCCCGUGCACGGCUCGCCGUCGGGCGCCGGGCCUGCUGGAGCGGCGCGGCUCGGGCACCCUGCUGCUGGACUACAUCUCCCACACCCGCCCGGGAUACCUGCCGCCCCUCAACGUCAACCCCAACCCCCCCAUCCCCGACAUCGGUGCCUGCAGCAAGCCCUCGUCGCCCCUGGCCACCGGGAUCCGGUCCAUAGCCCCGGUGGCACCGAGCUCACCAAAGAGAGGCCACCUCAAGAGCAAGAAGAAGCUGGUGAGGAGGCACUCUAUGCAAGUGGAGCAGAUGAAACAACUGUAUGACUUUGAGGAGCUGACCCAGUAG